CAUCAGGGCCUCUCCAAAUAGCCAUCUUCCCCCUCUGUGUCUCUGUCCCUCUCUGACACACACCUCUCACUGCCUGUCCGUCGCCCAAACGUCCAACAUGUCCGACACGCCCGCUGACUUCAGACUGCUGGUGAAGAAUGCCAGUCAGAUCGUGGCGGUCUGCAAUGAGCUUCAGAAGUUUCUCCUUAAGGAUGGGAUGCAAAAUCUGGUCGUGAUCGAGAACGCAAGCCUGGUUAUUGGACAUGAUGGACUGGUGAAGGCAGUGGGCGGGACUAAGGAGAUUGACGAGCAGUUUAAGAGCUCCUCCUUUGAGAAGAUUCUGGACGUGUCAGGCCUGUGUGUCAUCCCUGGUCUGGUGGAUGCACACACACACCCCGUGUGGGCUGGAGACAGAGUCCAUGAGUUUGCCAUGAAGCUGGCGGGCGCCUCCUAUAUGGACGUGCACAGGGCCGGCGGCGGGAUCCACUUCACGGUGGAGGCGACGCGGUGCGCGUCCGAGGACGACCUGCAGGGGGCGCUGUGUGGGCGUCUGACGCGCAUGCUGAGGGCCGGGACCACGCUGGUGGAGUGUAAGAGCGGAUACGGGCUGGACACACACACCGAACUCACCAUGCUGCGUGCCAUACACCGCGCCCGACACACACUCCCCAUCGGCAUCUCAGCCACCUACUGUGGAGCGCACGCAGUGCCCAGAGGUAAGACACAGGAGGAGGCGCUGCGUGACGUGUUGGGGGAGCAGCUGCCGCGGCUGCAGGAGUGUGUGUUGCGGGGGGAGGUGUGUGUGGAGAACAUCGACGUGUUCUGUGAGAAGGGUGUGUUCGAGCUGGACGCCACGCGGCAGAUCCUCACCGCUGGACGCCACAUGGGCCUCAACAUCAACUUCCAUGGAGACGAACUCCACCCAAUGAAGGCGGCUGAGUUGGGGGCGGAGCUUGGAGCGCUAGCUGUCAGUCAUUUGGAGGAAGUGUCUGAUGAGGGUAUCGCUGCCAUGGCGACGGCAAAAACAGCAGCUGUGCUUCUUCCCAGCACUGCUUACAUCCUCAGGCUGAAGCAGCCGAGGGCACGGGACAUGCUGGACGCUGGAGUCAUCGUAGCACUGGGCAGCGACUUCAACCCCAACGCCUACUGCUGCUCAAUGCCUCUGGUGAUGCACCUGGCGUGUGUGAACAUGCAUCUAUCUCUGAAUGAAGCUCUGGCCGCGGCCACGAUCAACUCUGCCUACGCUUUAGGGGCCUCACACACACACGGGUCCCUGGAGCCCGGGAAGCAAGGAGACUUGCUCAUCAUCAAUGCUCCAAGGUGGGAGCAUCUGAUCUAUCAGCUGGGUGGCCAUCAGGAGCUCAUCAAACAUGUCAUCAUCAAAGGGCUCGUCACGUAUGACAACCAAGACACACUCGGCCUCUAACCACACACACACACACGUCAUUUACAGCAUCUACGACACAUACAACCUCUAAACACACAAACACACACACCUCACUUAAUAA